AUGAGUCGCUUGAGCCUAAGUCUCGCUGUUGGUGUCAGCACAGCUGCAGCACUAUGCAUGGUUCGUAUGCGCCGUGCAACUUACUCGAAUCUAGCGCUGCGUGUGCGCCCACCCGUCUUGGAAAAGAGGCCUAAGAUGGUGCCGUUUGGGGCUGUCGCAGGCCAAAACCGAGGCCCGAACCCCAUGAAGCCUGUUCUGUACAUAGAGGACCCGUACUUCUACGUCCGUGAUGACUCUCGCAAAAACAAGGAGGUGCUGGAGCACUUGCGAAAAGAAAACGAGUACACUGACAUCAAGACAAAGCACCUUGCAAACGUGCGCGCCAACAUCUAUAAUGAGUUGCUGUCACACGUGCAGGAGACCGACGAGGACUACCCGUACCCACAUGGUCCGUACUUGUACUACAACCGGACCGUGAAGGGAAACAGCUACCUAUUUCACUGUCGCAAGUCUAAGGCGAAAGAAGCUGCAGAAGAGCUGCUACUGGAUGAAAAUGAGAUCGCCAAGGGCCACAGUCACUGCCAGAUUGUCCGUGUCUCUCCUAGUCCUGAUCAUCGAUAUCUGGCCUACAUGGUGGACUUCGUCGGAUAUGAAACGUACACUGGCUAUGUGAAAGACCUGCAGACUGGGGAGUUGCUUCCUGACCGCAUCAAGGAUAUUUCUAGUCUUUGCUGGGGAAAAGACGCAUCUGUUCUAUACUACGCGACACAGGACGACGCCCACCGUCAGGACAAACUUUGGCGCCACAAGGUCGGAUGUAAAGAUGCUGAUGAGCUGCUUUACACGGAAGAUGAUGAAAUUUAUAGUGCCAGCUUCCAGAAAUCCCGCAGUGGAAACUUCAUGUUUUUAGUUUCCUCGAGCAGCGAAACAAGCGAGGUGUCCUUCAUUGACUUGGAUAAAGCAUUGGAGCCACCACAAGUAAUCGCCAAGCGACAACAGGGAUUGAUCUAUGAGGUUGACGAUUUCGCUGGCAGCUUUUACAUUGUCACAAACAAGGACAAAGCCACGAAUUUCAAACUGAUGAAGACAUCCGUCACGCUGUUAUCGCCUGAGCACUGGGUCGACGUCUUUCCGUACGACGAAACUAUCAAGAUAGACAGUAUCGACUGCUUCAAGGACUUUAUGGUCAUGGAGGGUCGGCAUGGCGGCUACUCGCAGCUCUGGAUUGUUGUUCUGGAGGGAACUAAUAAGCAUUCUCGACACCAGCUUACGUUUGAAGAGCCGAUUCACACCGUCUUUGGUUCCGUCAAUCGUGACUUCGACACGAACAAGUAUCGAUUCGUUUACUCGUCGAUGACAACUCCUGGAACGACAUUCGAUUACGAUGUCAAUACCCGUAAGUCCAAGCUGCUGAAAGAAAAGCCCGUACCAAACUAUGACCGUUCUCUGUACCAAGUUGAACGCUUGGAAGCGAAAGCAAAUGACGGGACAAUGGUGCCUAUUUCACUUGUAUAUCGUUCUGAUAUGCGAGUGCAGGGCCGCCAGCCACUGCAUUUGUACGGUUACGGUUCGUAUGAGAUCUCAAUUGAUCCGAGUUUUGUCUCCUCCAUCUUGCCGCUGCUCGACCGAGGUGUGAUAUACGCAAUCGCGCACAUCCGGGGUGGUGGAGAAUUGGGUCGGACGUGGUACGAAGAUGCGAAAUAUAAAAAUAAGGUCAACACUUUUGCCGACUUCGUCUGCUGCGCUGAGCAUUUGGUGAAUACUGGAUACACAAGUCCUAGCAAGAUGACGUGUGAAGGUCGAAGUGCCGGCGGGCUGCUAAUGGGCGCAGUGUUGAACAUGCGUCCAGACCUUUUUACGGCUGCUAUCGCUGGGGUGCCCUUUGUGGAUGUGAUGAAUACUAUGAGCGACGCUUCGAUUCCGCUUACGACUGGAGAAUGGGAGGAAUGGGGAAACCCAAACGAGAAAGCUUACUUUGAGUACAUGCUCAGUUACUCUCCGUACGAAAAUGUGAAGCAGCAAGCGUACCCCAACAUUUUGGUCACGAGCGGUUUGUACGAUCCACGUGUGGCAUACUGGGAGCCCACGAAGUGGGUCGCUAAGCUGCGCGAUACCAAGAGCGACCAGAACGAGGUGUUGUUGAAGAUGGAUUUGUCAUCGGGUCAUUUCAGCGCCAGCGAUCGAUACCAUUAUCUGAAGGAGAAGGCAUUCGACCUCGCGUAUCUGUUGGACCAGCUACGGGCAAUUAGUGAAGACGACAAGAAAGCGCCUGAAGCUGCUUCGAAGCUUUAA